CACCUGCUCCAUAAAAGGGGGAUAAACGUACACAACUUGGCAACUUCGCUCCAGUUGCUUUAGCCUGCUAGCUACUGAUGUUAUACACUUGUGGGCUUUUUGCACUUGACAGGAACAUAUCUGCAAGAUUGAACAUGGCAGGCAAGAGGGCGUUAGUCAUCCUGUCCAAAGGAGCCGAGGAAAUGGAAACUGUUAUUCCUGUGGACAUCAUGCGUAGAGCUGGGAUUGCUGUAACUGUUGCAGGACUGACGGGCAAAGAGCCAGUCCAGUGCAGCCGAAAUGUUGUCAUUUGUCCUGAUGCUAGCCUGGAGGACGCCUGCAAACAGGGCCCAUAUGAUGUGGUACUUCUGCCAGGAGGAAUGCCAGGGGCCCAGAAUCUAGCAGAGUCACCUGCUGUGAAGGAGGUGCUGAAGGAGCAAGACGGCAGAAAAGGUCUGAUUGCAGCCAUCUGUGCAGGUCCAACUGCUCUUCUGGCUCAUGGCAUCGGGUACGGCAGCACAGUGACUACACAUCCUGCCAUGAAGGAAAAGAUGAUGGCUGGAGACCACUAUAAAUAUUCAGAGGCUCGAGUACAGAAGGAUGGCCAUUUCAUCACCAGCCGUGGACCAGGAACCUGUUUUGAGUUUGCCCUCACAGUUGUUGAGGAACUUAUGGGGCCUGAGGUUGUAGCUCAAGUCAAGACUCCUCUUAUUCUGAAGGACUAACAUGUUCAUUGCACACUCUGUCCCAAUAAAUGCCUGGAACUACU